CAGGAAAAGCUUUCUCUGUGACCCACCCCCAUCCUGUCUGAUCACACCUCUUCAAACUGUCCUGCAGAUGAGGAUAGUCACCCCUCCAGCACUGAACACACCCUGGUCCCACAACUGCACUGCUCCUCCAUCACUGAGAGGGAUACGUUCACAGAGCUGGAGAGAUACAUGGUGGAGCUCAGAGAGCUAGUCCACACAAUCCAGACAGAACAAACCCACAAAACAGACCAGCACAACAACACCUGGAGGGCAGAAGGUGGAGAUGGGUGGCUGCUCUACGGACUGAGGUUCCCCUCGUCAAUAUGUGUCGGCAUCGGGCAGAUGCUGGCCACCGUGGUCGUGCUGUGGGUGGGCAAGGCUCUGAGGGUGCUGAGUUUCCCAGACUUCGACCAUAGUAUACCUCGCAAGACCUUCCCACUCCCUUUCUUGUACGUAGGGAACCAGAUAACUGGACUGUUUGGGACAAAACGGCUAAACCUGCCGAUGUUCACAGUCCUCAGGAGGUUCUCCAUCCUCUUCACCAUGAUGGCUGAAGUUCUGCUGCUCAAGAAGACAUUCUCCAGGCCUGUCCAGCUAACUGUGUUUACUAUGAUCCUGGGGGCGUUUGUAGCGGCAAGUGCUGACCUGUCUUUCGACCUCCAAGGCUAUGUAUUUAUUCUGCUAAAUGAUGUUCUGACUGCAGCUAACGGAGCCUACGUCAAGCAGAAGCUAGACUCCAAGGAGCUGGGGAAGUAUGGCUUGCUGUAUUAUAAUGCGUUGUUUAUGAUCUUUCCAACAAUGCUGCUAGCUCAACUCACUGGAGAUGUUCAGAGGGCGGUGGAAUAUGAUGGCUGGUCAGACAUCCUGUUUCUCAGCCAGUUCAUCCUAUCCUGUAUAAUGGGGUUUGUGCUGAUGUAUUCUACAGUGCUCUGUACACAAUACAACUCAGCUCUAACCACCACCAUCGUGGGCUGUAUCAAGAAUAUUCUAGUGACAUACAUCGGGAUGGUGUUUGGUGGAGACUACAUUUUCUCUUGGACAAAUUUCAUUGGUUUAAAUAUCAGUAUUGCAGGUAGCCUGGUGUACUCCUACAUUACUCUGACAGAGGAACAGUCCAGUAAACCCUCUGAGAACGCCAUGGAGAUCAAGGGGAAAGUGGUGGUAUGACAUCAUGGUGACAUCGGUAUGCCAGAGGAAAAGUCACUGGAGAUCCUUUUUCAAAUGUUAAUGGUACAAGAGAACAUUCUAUUUUUGGUACAUGUUGUAUUUAUGGACUUAAAAGCUGUGGUUACCAUAGCAACCAACUGGACACCCCACCAUGGCAACAGGCUCCUCCCACUGGACACGUGGAUUAGGAGGGCGUGGCUGGGGCAACAUGAUUUUAAAGGGUGCUUUUACUGUUUAGUCAUUAGACGAUUACAUCAUGGAGAGCACGGUCUUCCCGUUUUUGGUGAAAUGGGUUCAUGGGGAUUGAAUUCUCUCCUGAUGUCAGAACCCAGCGGAAUGUGUGGAAUGUUCCCUCAAACAGGAAUGGUCCAAUGGAAUCUGAGGCAGUAUUAUGUGGGUGCUGGUAUGUGCAAAAGAUGUUGUCCAUCAUACAGUUGAAGUCGGAAGUUUACAUACAUACACCUUAGCCAAAUACAUUUAAACUCAGUUUUUCACAAUUCCUGACAGUUAAUCCUAGUAAAAAUCCCCUAUCUUGGGUCAAUUAGGAUAACCACUUUGUCAGAAUAAUAGUAGAGAAUCACAUUCCCAGUGCGUCAGAAGUUUAAAUACAUUAAAUUAGUAUUUGGUAGCAUUACCUUUAAAUUGUUUAACUUUGGUCAAACGUUUCGAGUAGCUUCCCACAAUAAGUUGGGUGAAUUUUGGCCCAUUCCUCCUGACAGAGCUGGUGUAACUGAGUCAGGUUUGUAGGCCUCCUUGCUCGCACACGCUUUUUCAGUUCUGCCCACAAAUUUUCUAUAGGAUUGAGGUCAGGGCUUUGUGAUGGCCACUCCAAUUCCUUGACUUUGUUGUCCUUAAGCCAUUUUGCCACAACUUUGGAAGUAUGCUUGGGGUCAUUCAACCCAUUUGCGACCAAGCUUUAACUUCCUUGAGAUGUUUCUUCAAUAUAUCCACAUAAUUUUCCUGCCUCAUGAUGCCAUCUAUUUUGUGAAAUGCACCAGUCCCUCCUGCAGCAAAGCACCCCCACAACAUGAUGCUGCCACCCCCGUGCUUCAUGGUUGGGAUGGUGUUCUUCGGCUUGCAAGCCUCCCCCUUUUCCUCCAAACAUAACGAUGGUCAUUAUGGCCAAACAGUUAUAUUUUUGUUUCAAACCGUAGUCUGGCUUUUUUAUAGCGGCGCAGUGGCUUCGUCCUUGCUGAGCGGCCUUUCAGGUUAUGUCGAUAUAGGACUUGUUUUACUGUGGAUAUAGAUACUUUUGUACCUGUUUCCUCCAGCAUCUUCACAAGGUCAUUUGCUUUUUGUUCUGGGAUUGAUUUGCACUUUUUGCUCCAAAGUACAUUCAUCUCUAGGAGACAGAACACGUCUUCUUCCCGAGUGGUAUGACAUCUGUGUGGUCCCAUGGUGUUUAUACGUGCGUACUAUUGUUUGUACAGAUGAACGUGGUACCUUCAGGCUUUUGGAAAUUGCUCCCAAGGAUGAACCAGACUUGUGGAGGUCGACAAUUUAUUUUCUGAGGUCUUGGCUGAUUUCUUUUGAUUUUCCCAUGAUGUCAAGCAAAGAGGCACUGAGUUUGAAGGUGGGCCUUGAAAUACAUGCACAGGUCCACCUCCAAUUGACUCAAAUGAUGGUUUUAGAAUGAAUGUGGUACCUUCAGGCAUUUGUAAAUUGCUCCCAAGGAUGAACCAGGCUUGUGGAGGUCGACGAUUUCUUUUGAUUUUCCCAAGCAAAGAGGCACUGAGUUUGAAGGUAGGCCUUGCACAGGUACGCUUCUGAUAGGCUAAUUGACAUGACAUAAUUUUCCAGUUUAAAGGCACAGUCAACUUUGUAUGUACACUUCUGACCCACUGGAAUUGUGAUACAGUGAGUUAAGUGAAAUAAUCUGUAAGCAAUUGUUGUAAAAAUUAUUUGUCAUCCAUAAAGUAGAUGUCCUAACCGACUUGCCAAAACUAGGAAAUUUGUGGAGCGGUUGAAAUACACUUAGGUUGGAGUCAUUAAAACUUGUAUUUUAAACUUCUGAUUUCAACUGUAUCUGAAAGGAAAGACUGUUAAUAUUGUCAUUCUCCAGUAUUUCUGAAUGUCUGCUCUGGGUUUUAUAAAGGGUUUGUAUGUGUGACUGGGUCUCUGUAGAGGCAACUUGUGAUAAUUAUGUUUUCAUUUGCUUUUAAAAACAAUAUUAUUGCACUUUUACCAGCUGUUGUUCUAGCUAGCCAAUGUUGGGAGAAGGUGAACUAUAUAUGCCUUACUGUGACACGCCAUGUCCAGGGUUAACUUUUACCCUAAAGGCUUUCACAUGUCCCGCUGAAUGUGGAUAUAGUGUUGGUGUGCCGAUCAUCCUCUGAAGAUGUCCGACUCGUGCUUCUACAUUGAAAAUCGGUACACACAUUACGUUCAGAGGUGCUAAAUACUCUCUGCCACCAAACUAUAGGUGUCUGAGCCCUAAAGACCAGAGGUUAACUCCACCCUCCAUGUUUUCCUUAGAUUUGAAGCAUACAAAGAAAUUUCAAGGUAGACUCUAAAUGUUGCCAUGAGCAGCACCACAGAUAUUGAGAUGCAAGACUUGGCUCUCACACGGUAUGUGCACGGGUUUGUUUCAUAACUCAAAUUGAAAUCUUCCGCUGCUCUAUGUUCGCUACACACGUUAGUCUGAGACUGCCCUCAUUUGUGAUGACGUCAAAAUGAAGGCUGUUGUACAAAACAAAGUCAUCAGAGAUUGGAUCGUCUUUAACCGGGUAUCGAAGCCAAUAACUAAUUUUCUAAACGCCGCUUUAUCCACGUGUGUUCUUGCUCUGGGCACAACACCUCUGUCUCUGGGACCAAUCAAAACGGUUAGGAUGUGUCCUUUCUAGAAAUCGUCGCAAGACGUUUGGGUAGCCAGGGCACCAAAACAGCACAGAAGUUGAGUCUGACCCACUAUGCUGUUUAGUUUCUGCAUGUACAACAUAUCGCUGAGUCUACAUAGCGCAAGCGUCACUUGCUCGUCUCAUUGAUUAGUGGGUCUGUUUUAACUGUAGCUGGCAGGCAACACCUGGCUCUUGUUAAAGCUUUUAGAGUUGUUUCAUAGUUUGGCUGUCAGAGGUUAACUUCUCCCCUAAGGGUUAAGGAUGGGACUAACUUAACCCUGAAGGCUGUUUAAUACUUAGAAACGUCAGGGUCCUUUUACAUUGCCAUUACCCAACAACAGUCAAGUUGUCAGGUAUGGCAAUAUUCGCCAUUUUAAAAUAGCAUUUUUGAUAUACCAAUGUCUGCACUCCCCAAGGUUUUAGCUGGGUGUACUUACUUUUUGUUACUGAUCUGUGCAGUAAGUUAUGUUGAUCACCAAACAUGUCAAACUAUCUUCAAAACCAGAACAAUGAUUUUUAACAUUAAAAAUACCUCAUCUACAA